AUGUCACAGCCAUCAUGGCUCGAACCCACGAACAACCUGGAACAAAUAAGUGGCCCCACUUCGCCCAUCUUCCGACCGCAAGCCCCGUCUUUGGACUUGCACAAGGUGCGUUGUCUUUGGUUGCUCUCGUUUGUCCAGGAUAUGAGGACAUUCAUGGCAUCAUUUUCUACCAAAGAACUUCCCCCUUUCACUUUUUUCCACGCCGCCAUCACACUAUUACGCCACGAGUUCCAGCUUUCGACCGAAAUUUCCCGCUCUGAAUCUCACGUCACACAGCAAGAAACCGAAUUGCUGAUUUGUUUAUUUUCCAUGAGUAUUCUCGUACAAGAGUCACUGUCAGCGUUCGCAGACGCAAAUUUCAUACCCCUUAUUCACCGAACCGCUCUGGGCGAAUUGGAGGAGAUCUUGAGAAGGUCGCAUCGAAUGUGGCAUACAUCCGCUCAACAGCUGCGUUUCAUCCUCUGCGAGAGCUUUGACCGGCUUCACCAAGAAGGACAGCGGAAGAUGCACUAUGCCAUGAACCUCGUGCAGGUUCUGAGCACCCUGAGUUUGGAGGCGCGCCAGGGAGUCGAGAAAUGUCUCCUGAAUCUACUCUACCAGUUAGGGAAUAAGGACCGCACUCCCUUGUUAAUAGAUGAUCGGUGGUCACCAGACUCGCUGUUGUCUUCGAUUCAUGGAUAUUAG